AUGCGCCAGCUUUCUCUGAUGGACAUGAAAGUGGAGAGUGAGAGGGGAGAUUCCCCACAAGAUGAGAAUAGAUCUCGGGAACUUAGGGAUUCACUGAUGCUGUUGUUCACGAAUCCCUUUCUAGUGGACUUGGCUAGACUAAUUGCAGAGGAUAAGUCGGCAGAGAUUGCAACGUGGAAUCCGGAGUGA